CAGCUGUGACAGACGCCACACUGCUUGCUGUUUCGAAAAUGAAACUGGCGUCGAUGGAUCCACAAGAAAACGAAAACGAGACGGUCAUUAAAUAAAAUAAAAAAAACGUGGAUUCACUGUUUUAAUCUGGCGAAGAGGUGGCAGAAGAACACAACUGUAAGGAGUCCUUGUGGCGGGAUUUUAGAGGUGACAUUUUUGUGAGGGAGGCAGGCCUAUGCUGUCAAACCACGACAACAACAACACCUGAAUCGGUGCUCCUGUGUUAGCUUCCUGGGAAUGUUGAGCAAACACCAGAGCUGGAUAGGACGUACUAUACUGCAAUGGAGUCUGUAGCAGUGGGCUCGGCUACUUGGUGAGACUGAAGCUGCUGUCACUAUGGCACACUUUGACACAGAGUACCAGCGCCUGGAGGCGUCCUACAGUGACUCUCCCCCUGGAGAGGAGAACCUGCUGAUGCAUGUGCCUGAAGGAGCCAAAUCACAAUGGCACCACAUAGAGAACCUGGACCUGUUUUUCCAGAGAGUCUAUAAUCUGCACCAGAAGAAUGGAUUCACCUGUAUGCUUCUGGGAGAGAUCUUUGAGCUAGUUCAGUUGCUGUUUGUGGUUGGCUUCACAGUGUUCCUAGCUAACUGUGUGGACUAUGACAUACUGUUUGCCAACAAGUUUGUAAAUCACACCGAUUCCUCUAAAGUCACCUUGCCUGAUGCCUUCCUCCCAGUGGAUGUCUGCAGUGCCCGUAUCCGAGACAAUGCGUUUGUGAUCUUUGUGCUGAUCAUCUCUGGGGUGUUUUGGCUACAUCGCCUGGUAAAAUUCAUCUAUAAUGUCUGCUGCUACUGGGAGAUCCGAUCCUUCUACAUCAACGCACUCAAGAUGACCAUGUCCGAACUCCCCUAUGCAACAUGGCAGGAGGUUCAGGCCAGGAUAGUGGAGAUCCAGAAAGAACACCAGAUCUGCAUCCAUAAAAAAGAGCUGACCGAGCUUGACAUUUACCACCGCAUCCUCCGCUUUAAAAACUACAUGGUUGCCAUGGUGAAUAAAUCUCUCCUUCCUGUGCGAUUUCGACUUCCUACGCUUGGGGAAAGCGUGUUCUACACCCGGGGUCUGAAAUACAACUUUGAGCUCAUCUUCUUUUGGGGACCAGGGUCUCUGUUUGAAAAUGAGUGGAGCCUGAAACCAGAAUACAAGAGAGGAGGGAACAGGGCUGAGCUGGCAGACAGGCUAGCAUCCCGUAUUCUAUGGAUUGGGAUUGCCAAUUUGCUGCUGUGUCCAGUUAUUCUUGUGUGGCAGAUUCUCUACGCCUUCUUUAGUUACACAGAGGUGAUCAAGCGAGAGCCGGGCUCUCUGGGAGCAAGAUGCUGGUCUCUGUAUGGUCGAUGUUACCUGCGUCACUUCAAUGAGUUGGAUCAUGAGCUCAUGUCACGCCUCAGCAAAGGCUACAAGGCUGCAUCCAAGUAUAUGAACUGUUUCCUGUCACCACUGCUGACGGUGGUUGCCAAAAAUGUAGCGUUUUUUGCCGGGUCUCUCCUGGCCGUGCUCAUCGCCCUGACUAUCUAUGACGAGGAUGUUCUCGCAGUGGAACAUGUUCUCUCAUCAAUCACUCUGCUUGGAGUGUGUAUCACAGUCUGCAGAUCAUUUAUACCUGAUAAGCACAUGGUGUUUUGUCCUGAGCAGCUAUUGCGGGUUAUCCUGGCUCACAUCCACUACAUGCCUGACCACUGGCAGGGUAAUGCACAUAGAUAUGAGACCCGUGACCAGUUCUCCCAGCUCUUCCAAUACAAAGCCGUCUUUAUUCUAGAGGAGUUGAUAAGUCCAGUGGUGACUCCCAUUAUCCUGAUCUUCUGUCUGAGGAGGAAGUCUCUGGAGAUCAUUGAUUUCUUCAGGAACUUCACUGUGGAGGUGGUCGGUGUAGGAGACACUUGCUCCUUUGCCCAGAUGGACAUCAGGCAGCAUGGACACCCUGCGUGGAUGUCAGAGGGGAAGACAGAGGCGUCUAUCUACCAACAGGCAGAGGAUGGGAAGACAGAGUUAUCUCUGAUGCACUUUGCCAUCACUAACCCCCAGUGGCAGCCGCCUCAGGAGACCACACACUUCAUCAGCCAGCUGAAAGAACGAGUUCACAGAGAGGCCGCAGGGGCUCCUUCAGAUACACAUCCCCUCUCACUGUCUGAGUCUGAGCCAAGGAGCCUCGUUGCAAACUUCUUGGGAGGUCCCUCUACGCUGGCCUCCGUUCAUUUCGGCAGGGAUGGCUCUUUGACCAAUCAUGCAGCAGCUGGCAUAAGUGAUGGGGCAUCUGCCUUACGCUCCCUUUCCCCAGUCAGCAGCAGUCUUCACUUGAGAGGCAGUUUGAGUGCAGCUCACAGAGCAGCUGGCCACACUUCAGCCAUGAGCAAAGCAAUGGCAGGGUCUGGGACUGAUGCCCGAACUGUGAGCUCAGGCAGCAGUGCAUGGGAGGGUCAACUGACCAGUUUGGUCCUGUCAGAGUAUGCCUCCACUGAGAUGAGCAUCCAUGCACUUUACAUGCAUGAGCUACACAAGCAACAGUCCCGCGGCGAGCUAUCCCGUCACACAUGGCACAGGCAGGAGAGUGACGAAAGCAGUGACAGCGUCCCUGAUGAAGUGAGAAGUGAACCCAACCCUCACUCCAGACAUUUCCCACGCUCACACACUUUCCCCACAACAGUCCCCAGUCCCAGUGCUAUUCCCACUUCAGCUUCAGCCACCUGUAGUACCACCCUGGGCCAACAGGGGGCUCCCUCGCAGAGCAGCACCCAGCACCGCUAUAGUGGACCUACCACAGACUCUUUUGGUGCAGGUGGGAAAGUAGUGAGGUCAGCCCGUCUGCCCAUGGGAGGGUGGGCAGAGGAGGGUCAGGCAGCACCACGACACCAUGAACCACUACCAGAGGAGAGUUCAGAAGAUGAAAUGCCUCCUCACAUACACAGGGUUACAUAACCAUGCCAUGUGAAGAAGCAUCAGCGUCCCACUCUCCAUAUAUAAAAAAACCCACACCCUUUUCCUUGACCAAACUUUUGUCCAGGAUUGACCAUCUGACCUGACACGGGUGAAAAUGGACAGGAGUGGUGUCCCAUGAACACUUUACUUGUAAAAUCAUCUGGACAAGUUAACAUUGAUGCCACCACCAACCUUUCAAAGAUAGUAUAUUACUUACUACACACCAGUCAGGGUAUACAUCUGAAUUUGUGAAUCAGAAGAGGACCUACAGGAUCAAGUUAUUUCUACUAGCCAUUAAUACCAUCAGAUUAUACUACGCUCUUUUAUAGUGUCAAAAGAUUACAUGAUGAAGGUGCAUGCCUUGCUGCGAUGUUAACAAAACUUGGGAACACAUUAUCCUUGGCGCUUUGCCUGCUGUAGCAAUUUGCCCAAAAUGUGAUCACAAUAAUCCAAUUUUUGCUAUCUGUAUUGUUUCCCUCUUUUACAAAUCCGAUGGCAACAGAAGUGAAAUUUGAAGAAUGUGUGGUGUCUCUCCAACAAUAACAGCAUUCAACGAAAUGUGUUCAGAAAGAUUCUGUUAACACACUGACUUUCAUUGUGUAUCUAUUCUUGUACCAAUAGCAGGAGGGUAUGUAUCCUACCCUGUGCUCUGUAUUUCAGCUUGCAUUCUGCCUCCUUGCAAAACAUUGAAGGCCUCAAAAAUUCAAAUUCACUUUUUCAGAUUUUUAAUAACAUAUUUCCCUCCUUAUAGAUUUUUUUCUUAUUGCAUUAUAAUGUUCAUUUGAAGUUUCUAAUAUGUUCUGAAACUUUUCACAGAGUCUGCCUCCGUUGCACAGAAAAACGUUUGUAUAAAAAUUAAUUGUACAGCCUAGCCUGGUAUUGUGCACGUACACAUGCACUGUGUAAAUAAAUGUUAUCAAGUUGUUUCAAGCAGUCAUUCAGAAUAUUAAAUUAAUCAAAUUUACACAAUUAUAAGGCCAACAUUUUGUAAUGUGUAACGCGAGAUGCUGUAUGCAAGCACAUUUUAAUCUGAUUUAACCCAUGUUUUUAUUAACCAUUCUUUUUUUUUUUUUUUUAACAGACUUGGCACAGCAAACAAACAAGGCUUUUUUAAGCAUGUAAUAUUGACUUUUGUGCCAUACAAAAAGCCCUUAAGCACAAGUGCAUGACUAUCAUCCACACAUUCUCCUGAAGAGUUGUAACUCAUCUUCACAGUAAGAAUAUUGUUCAAUGGCCAUCCUCCACAUCCUGCUUAAUACAGCAUGACUGUACCUUGUUCCCCUGUCAUUAGGCCAUGCAAUUCUUUAAAAGAAGUAUGCACUUUAAUAGUUUGUUAAUGCAGAGGGUGUCAGUUGUUUAUAUGUGUAUAUUUUAUUUAUCAAAGGGGUGUGCCAUGAUGAUUGACGGUUGUGAAUCCAGGUUGUGUUUUCUGUUGUGCAUUUGGGAUCGGGAUAAAGAAGCACUGACACUUGUAACAGACUAAUAAUGUGGUCCAGGAUGCUCACAGUGAUUCACUGCGGUAAAAGCGACUGUUUGAGGAAGUUCUGUUGUUUGUUUAAUAGAUCCUGUAAAAUACCAUUUUGUACAGCUGUAAAUUCAUCCAAUAAAGACGAGGCAAUGAU